CCUUUUUUCUCGAUAGGACUUGGUGAGGAAGUUCAUUCUGUCCCAUUUCCACGCACGUCUCCUGCUCUCUCAUUCAUACCCCCCGCGCUAACAAAAGAAAGAGCUGCCUCUCAAAGAACCCCUUCUCCUUCCUAGCCUUCGCGCAUCCCACUCCCUCACAAUGAACUCUCCCAAUGCCUUCCCAGCCCCCACCAUGCCCGCACUCCAGUUUCCGCAAAACAGACAAUCGACUCUCCCGCCUUAAUCCCGCCUUCUUUCUUCCUCCCUUCCUUCCCUCAGCCUCUAUGCCGGCGACCAUUUCCCAGCGACGGACAACAACGGGUGACGACUGUGGAUGGGGGCCUCCGGGCGACAAAGAGCGACAAUAAUAGCAACUGGAACGGCAGUGUACAAUCGGCGAUGAUGACGGAUAACGAUAGUGUGCGAGCGGGAAAUAGUGAUAGCAUGCCGAGCUGCAUUUCCAGCAGCUUCCAGUACACAUGUACCAGCAUCCAGUCCCAAGAUAGGUUCGUUGUCUAUGCUGUCCGGAGGCUACCUGGGACGUAUAUUCCAAUAUUUCUGGGCCAUCUCUUUGGCUGGCUGUACAGCCCAUUUGGACACGAUGAAAUCAGGUUUGGAAUGGCAAUUGCUAGCAGGGUAUGUGCCUCACCCCAUACAUACUGUACAUGCAUGUGCCCUUUCAUUGGCUGACAGGGCUUGAUGUGGGUGGGAUAGGUACCUGAAGGUGAGGCAGGAUGAGGAUGGAACUGAAACCUGCAUGAAAAGGUGGAUAAUGGACCGUAUAUGGAAUAGCUAUAAAGAGAUGAGAACGAUGGGCAGAGGUGUGAGUUGGUGGCUCCUGAUAGCGCACCGCCUCAGAGGGUACCUCGUCUGUUGA